AUGUCGACCCCUUCUACUGCUACGGCAACCCAUCCAUCUCACCAGCGUUACGGAUACUCCCGUCAUCAAGUAUACCACCAGCCUAACCCCCAGCCCUUCCCCACCGCGUCAGCGGCCAGCAAUGCGCUUGCAAACUCCUUCAGCUACACGUCCAGCCAUCAGCCGACCACCAACGGCAUCUCGCUCGCAUCCACGCCCAAAACGACUGCUCCCUUGCCGCCCAUGGCCUCCUACAGCACGCCCACAGUCCUGCCGACCGCCCAGAGUCGGCGGAAGCAGCCAGACUGGGGAGAGUUCUAUAAGAACGGCGUCCCCAAGGAGAUAAUUGUCAUUGACGACGACGACGAUGAAGACGAUGGUACAAAUAACGAUCCCGUGGCCAUUUCUUCCUCUGCCGUCGCUUCAGCCACCAGCAGGACGGUCCCUCGCGUUGCUCCCUCUACUUCCUCUUCCAACCUGCCUGCGAGCAAGAAACGGAGGACGGACGCCAGUUCGGGCGUCGACGUCUACUACGAUCGCCCUGCCUACUCUGUCUCCUCCCAAAAGUACGGCGAGGGAUCGUCCGCGCCUUCAAUGUCGACCGACCGCACCGCCUCCAUCCACACCACCGCUCCCACCUCCCUCGGCUCUCAGGCCAGCGCUUCUACAACCAACAACGUCUACCUUGAUGAUGUCGCUGUCGGCCAGAAGCGGAAGCGAGUCGUGACACGUAAGGCUGCACGUGAUGAAUUGAAACGAAGAGAACUCGAGACCGUUGGAGAUGCGUUCAGCAGUUAUAUUCCUCCUCCAAAGCCGCCCAUCAAGGCUAAAGACGUCGUUGUCCCCGUCAUCCGCGAUUACAACGCGAAUAAAAACCAGAAGAUCGAUGACGAAGAUGGACACUAUAUCGUCAACCCAGAUACCAAUCUCACCGACAAAUACUCAAUCAUACGCCUUCUAGGACAGGGGACAUUUGGCAAAGUCGUAGAGGCGUAUGACAGACAACGAAAGACUCGCUGUGCAGUGAAGAUCAUCAGAUCGGUCCAGAAAUACCGCGAUGCCUCUCGCAUCGAACUUCGAGUCUUGUCGACCCUCGCAUCCAACGACGAGACUAAUAGGAAUAGGUGCAUCCAUCUUCGUGACUGUUUCGAUUUCAGAAACCAUAUCUGCAUCGUCACCGACUUGCUAGGCCAGAGUGUCUUUGAUUUUCUAAAAGCAAAUUCCUUCGUUCCAUUCCCAAGCAGUCAAAUUCAAAACUUCGCCAGACAGCUCUUCACCAGCGUUGCAUUCUUACAUGAUGUGAACCUUAUACAUACCGACUUGAAGCCUGAAAAUAUUCUUCUCGUCAGCAAUGCUUAUCAAACAUUUACAUACAAUCGAACCAUCCCCUCUUCCUCUCACACAACCUCGAGGACUGCUCGCCAACGACGUGUCCUACUUGAUAGCGAGAUUCGAUUAAUAGACUUCGGGUCUGCGACUUUUGACGAUGAAUAUCAUUCCUCCGUGGUUUCCACUCGGCAUUAUCGUGCUCCUGAGAUUAUUCUCAACCUUGGAUGGAGUUUCCCCUGCGAUAUCUGGAGUAUAGGCUGUAUCUUGGUUGAAUUCUUCACCGGAGAUGCCCUCUUCCAGACACACGACAACCUCGAGCACCUCGCCAUGAUGGAGAGCGUAUGUGGUGGUAAAAUCGACCCCCGACUCGUCAGACAAGUUCUACAAGGCCGUAACGGACACAGUGCCAACUCUGCAGCCAAGUACUUCAACCGCACAAAACUCGACUAUCCAAAUGAGGAUACAUCCAGAGCGUCGAGAAAAUACGUAAAAGCAAUGAAACAACUACAUGAAUUCAUCCCUGCCACAACUUCUUUCAACAAACAAUUCCUUGACUUACUUCGCCGCAUCUUCGUUUAUGACCCCAAAGCUCGCAUUACUGCCAAAGAAGCCCUCAAGCACCCGUGGUUCAAGGAUACUAUCAUCGACGAUGGUACCGAGGCAGUCCGCAUCCGCCAGGAGCAGCAGCGUGGCGGCUGA